UGAACGCCUCAGACAGUCUACAGACUCCACCGAUCAUAGACUCUCUCUUACUGGACCAGCUGCUGGAUGUUCUCUUCCACAGUGGUGGAUUUUGGACUCAUUACCUGGAACCUGAAGUUUGUUGCUCGCUGUGUUGCUCGCUGGCUCACUCUAGUGGUGACCCUCUUUACACCAAUGGAAUACAACUGACUUACUCCAAAUUUGUCAUUGCACAGUCUGAGGGAGGAAAAAACUGGAACAGCAACAUCUUGCCCUUCUCUUUAUUCUCUUUGGCCUUGACAAAUUUGUGGACCAUGUCCAGUCAAAGGACUAUUAGAUAGCACUGAAAAAUCUCAGGCUGCUAGUUUAUCACCCCAGCAGAAUAAUGGCAGAAUCUCGCUCUGUGACUGCAGAGGCCUCUCUGACAACAGUGACCAUUUCUGCUUCCUCUUCCAUGUCCUUUCUGCAUGUUUACAAAGAUUACCAAAGCUGUGACAUCAUCCAGCUCCACUACAAUUACACAGGGAAGCUAAAGGAGGACAAAUACAAGGAUGGGCUCAAACCAGAGGCCAUUGCCUUCCUCCUGAUCUGUAUGAUCAUUGUGCUGGAGAAUGCCAUAGUGCUCUUGGCUAUCUGGAAGAAUAAGAAAUUCCACCUGCCCAUGUACUACUUACUGGGCAACCUGACUCUGUCGGACCUGCUGGCUGGGUUCACCUACAUGGUCAAUAUUGUGAUGUCAGGGCCCAACACUCUCAAGUUAACGCCAUUGCUGUGGUUCCUGAGGGAGGGCGGGGUGUUCAUUACAUUAGCCGCCUCAGUCAUCAGCCUCUUGGCCAUCGCCAUCGAACGGCAUGUUACCAUGGUGAGGAUGAAGCCCUACCAUGGCACCAAGCGCAACCGCAUGUUUGCGCUGAUUGGCGCUAGCUGGGCAUUGUCUCUCUUGCUAGGAGUGCUGCCCAUCAUGGGCUGGAACUGCAUGGGAAACCUGAAGCUUUGCUCCACGGUGUUGCCACUCUACUCCAAGAACUAUGUGAUUUUCUGUGUGUCCGUCUUCACCGCCGUGUUGCUGGCCAUAGUAGUGUUGUAUGGACGCAUCUUCCACACGGUCAAGGCUAACACAAAGAAGCUGGGCAGCCUGCAGCGCAAGGGGCUUGCCCGUCGAUCCCAGAAGUACAUGGCCUUGCUGAAGACUGUGACAAUCGUCCUGGGAGUCUUCAUCGCCUGUUGGCUGCCACUCUUUGUGCUCCUGCUCCUGGACUUCUUGUGCAAGGCCGGGGAUUGCCGAAUCCUCUUCAAGGCUGACUACUUCCUGGGCUUGGCUAUGAUCAACUCACUGAUCAACCCCAUCAUCUACACGCUGACCAGCAAGGACAUGCGCAAGGCCAUUAUCAAGUUGCUGUGUCGCCGCUGCCUCAUCACCGAAGAUGGGCAGGUGAAGAAGAUUGGGAUACCCUUCCUGGAGUGUAGCUUCAGCAAGACCGAAGUGGCAGUUCACCGGGGCCUGGAGACCACCAUCUCGUCUGGGAAUGGCACAUCUUCCCCCAUCAGAAUCAUCUACCCAAAACUCAAGUCUGUCAAGUUGUGAGGCUUCCAUCCACCAGGUGUCAAAUUGUUUCAUGCACCAUAGAACACAUCAAGCUUGUGGUGCACCCUUAGACAGUGAUGAAGAUGUCUGAAAAUUGUGAGAAAGAGCCUCAUCAACUCAUGAUCACUUGGCCUCUUGCCAGGUGUCAUCAUGUGCUGUCAAAUUGUUCACUGCACCACAAAACGCCUCAAGCUUGUGGGUGCAGCCUUUCAGAGCGAUCUAAAUGCUUGAACAUUCUGAGAACAGGUUGCCCUCAUGAGUGCACAAGCACAGGCAGAGCAGUUACCCUGGUGCGAGUUCAUUGAGUAAUUGGUUAUUCAGCCUGAUAACAGUGAUAAGGUCUCAGACAGACAGUAGCAUGAGAAGCUUUCCCACACCAAAGACAAGGCCAAUCUGACAUCACAUUGUGCUGCAACUAUGGGGCCAGAACUGUCAAGCAUGGCCAGAUUUUGGUGUCACCUCAACAGAAGUCUUCAAGGAAGACCUCCUCUGCGAGCAUAACAAAACUGUUAUAGACACUCCAAAAUGAGGAAAAAGACCGUUUCUGUAAACCUGGGCUUCGCUGGUUCGAAAAUCCAGGUACUUUGAGACUGAAUGCUUACAGCAUGUAGUGGACUGAAUAGAUUGUGUAAAAUACUAAAGCAGUUAACAGAACACAAUGCCAGUGGUAAAUGAAGCCUUAAUUGAAUAAUCCCUUGGCAGUUUCUGAAGGGAAGCCUUAUUUUGCAAGCACUUUGAAAUUAACUUACAUAGCUUGCAAUGUCCUAAGUUUUUGUGCAAGGUCCUCAUUUCAGUAGCUGUAGAUGUUUAUGUCUUGCAAGCCAGAAUGUGCUAAAAGAGCCUUCACAAUGAGAUGACCACCCAGGCAUUUCAACAUUUAAACAGAACCAGAAGUGUUCUCAAAGUGUACUUCCAAGGAUGAUUCAUUGCACUGUAAAUACUCCUCUUACCACUGACAACCAUCAAACAUACAACUUUGUUUUGCUGAAUGUACAUCAUAUCUGGAUGUAUGUAGCACUGUGUACAGUUGUUUGCCAGUUUCUUUAUCCAGUUUGCAUCUGUUACCACAACUCUGCAUUACAUUCUUUGUUUUUAUAUGUGUAAAAUAUUUUCAAAUAUUUUGUAAACAUAUUUUUUUAAUGUUGAACUGAACUUAAAUUAUGUGCCUUUUUGCAUUACUCCUAGUACCUUAAAAUGAAUAAUUAUUAUUAUAUUAAUAAACAUUCUGAUGUGACCAGAA